AUGGCUACGCAGCGGACAAAAUGGCCCGCUGCCAUGCCUUCUCCAUCCGAUCCCCCCCAUGCCAUGCGCUGCCAUCACGCCGUCGAUGGCCGUCCAAUCAACUGCAGCCGUCCCAUCAAUCCGUACUAUGAGCCUAGCAAUGCUUUUGAGGGAAUUGCAUCUUCAUCUACAUCUGCAUCAAAUAAGGUCCGCUACGAAGUAUUCAUUAAUCAUCGGGGUAUUGACACCAAGCAUACUCUGGCCACUUCUAUUUACAAUGCCCUCAAUGGCAUUGGACUUAAAGUUUUUCUGGAUGAAAAAGAGCUUCAACUGGGCGAUUUCAUAACAGCUGAAAUAGAAGAGGCCAUGCGCACCUCUCUCAUUCAUAUUGCCAUAUUUUCACCUAGAUAUGCGGAAUCUCCCUGGUGUUUGGCAGAACUGUCAUAUAUGCUCAAAACCGGCACCAGAAUCAUUCCAGUGUUCUACGAUGUUGAUCCCAGUGAUCCCCGCUACCUGAAGAAAGGACCCUUUGCCGAUGCAUUUGCGGAGCAUGAAGAGAAGAAGAGAUAUGCCCCAGAAAAACUUGCGGAGUGGAAAGAGGCGCUAUCCAACAUUUCAUUCCGUCAUGGCCAAGUUCUGAAGGGGAAAUCUGAGUAA